UAUAUGUUGCUGUUUCCCUCCGCUCGUAGUUGUAUCACAUUGGUUUAUUUUGAAACCAUAAAGUUUGCCCCUUUACACGUUUUUUGUCUUCUUUUUUCUCCCAUGUUUGUUUCGAGAAGCAUUUGACGAAGAGAAGAGACAGUGAAUCGCGGUUUCAAUUCAACCCACUUCAUCUCAGGUUUUUAUUGAAUUUAUUCUGAAAUUCAUCUUCGCAAAGUUGCUGAUAGUUGAAGAUGCUUGCAAUAAGAAAGCUCAAAACAGGACCUGAUAUCCCUUUUGUUUUAUAUGUCAUGGUUGCUAAUUGCAAUUAUGGCACAGCCCGAGUUUCUAGUAACAAAAGUGUCCAGUCUAUUGUUAAGUCUGUUGGCUCUUAUUUAGCCAACUCAAGUUCUCAAGCAUUUCCACUUGGAUCAGAGAAUAAAUUUACUCUUCAAGGACUAUAUUUCUCUAGUGUGGCUGAAAGAAUCCUGGUCCAGGCUCAAGACCCAGCCAAAGUUAGUUUGGAGAUACAAAAUGCUAUUGAUGAUAAUCAAUUAGAUUAUUCAUGGAAAUUAUUUGAGCAGCAUAUGCACAUGGAGGGAUUUCCCCGAAAAUUUGUCAUCAGCAAGCUUGUAACAAGUUAUGUGGACAGCCUUGAUGUUCAAUAUCUAGAAAAAGCUUAUGAAUUGGUUGAACGUGCCAUUGAGGAAGGUAAACAAGACUUGUUAGAAAAGGAGGUGCUUAUCUACCUUAGCUUUGGCCUUGCAAAAGCCAGGCUACCAGUUCUGUCAUCAACUGUUUUAAGAAAGAUGAUAGCUAUGGAGCAUUUCCCCCCAGUCACUGCUUGGUCUGCAGUUUUGGCACACAUGUCACAAACAGCAGAGGGAAGUUACCUUGCUGCUGAGUUGAUUCUUGAAAUAGGAUAUUUGUUCCAGAAUAAUAGAGUAGAUCCGCGUAAGAAGAGCAAUGCACCUUUGAUAGCCAUGAAGCCAAACGCUGCUGCUUUUAGCAUUGCUUUGGCAGGGUGUCUCUUAUUUGAGACAUCUAGGAAGGCAGAGGAGCUUCUUGAUAUGAUGCCUCGAAUUGGCAUCAAAGCUGAUGCAAAUUUACUGAUAAUAAUGGCACGUGUAUAUGAGAGAAAUGGUCGAAGAGAAGAGCUCAAGAAGCUGCAAAGGCACAUGGAGGAAGCUCCAAACCUAAAUGAUUUACAGUUCCGACAGUUCUAUAAUUGUUUGCUGACAUGCCAUUUGAAAUUUAGGGAUCUAGACUCUGCAUCAAACAUGAUUUUGGAAAUGCUUAGCAAAGCAAAGGAAGCAAGAAAUUCUCUUGCAGCUGCCAAAUUUAUGACAAAUGCUGCUGACAUUGAUCGUAGCCACUCUCCUGGACUGGCUUCUGUGCAUAGUUUGAACAACAGUGAAGAUUUGGAUAGUUUACAGAAUAACAGGUCAAUUACAAAUGCUGUAUUAUCUUAUGAGGAGUUUUCUAUAGAUAGAAACUUCUUAAGGCUUGAAUUAGAGUCAAAAGCUAUACUUGGUUCUUUAUUAGCUAAGUUGCAGAUGCAGGUGGACUUGAUUACAACCAAACAUGGUAUACUGCAGCCAACUGAAACAAUUUAUGUGAAAUUAGUUAAAGCUUUUCUAGAAGCUGGCAAGACCAAGGAUUUAGCAGUGUUUCUUCUCAAGGCAGAAAGAGAAGAUUCUCCCUUUUCCAAUGACAACUCAGCCUUGGUUCAUGUUAUUAAUGCAUGCAUUUCACUUGGAUGGCUGGAUCAAGCACACGAUCUUCUCGAUGAGAUGCGUCUAGCCGGAGUUAGAACCGGUUCAUCUGUAUACUCUUCUCUUUUGAAAGCAUAUUGCCGGGCAAAUAGGGCUGCAGAUGUCACAUCACUUCUGAGAGAUGCUAAGAUAGCUGGUAUCCAGCUUGACUCAAGCUCUUAUGAGGCAAUGAUCCAAUCCAGGGUGCUCCAACAAGACACACAGGGAGCACUCCAACUAUUUAAAGAGAGGAAAGAGGCUAGAAUUCCAAAAGUCACUCAACAAAACUCUGGCAUGAUGGCUAAAAGUGGUGCAGAGACUGAUGAAGCUGGGCUGGUGACCAAGUUGUUGCAGGAAAUCAAGGAAGGGCAGAGUGUGGAUUGUGGAGUUCAUGACUGGAAUAAUGUAAUCCACUUUUUUUGCAAGAAGAGACUGAUGCAAGAUGCAGAAAAAGCUCUAAAGAAGAUGAGAAGCUUAGGAAACUCGCCAAAUGCGCAAACUUUCCACUCUAUGGUCACUGGGUAUGCUGCCGUUGGAGGGAAUUAUCAAGAGGUGACAGAACUGUGGGGUGAGAUGAAAGCUCUUGCUUCUUCUAUCUCCAUGAAGUUUGAUCAGGAACUUCUUGAUUCCGUGCUGUACACGUUUGUGAGGGGCGGAUUCUUUGUUCGGGCCAAUGAAGUUGUGGCAAUGAUGGAAAAAGGAAAAAUGUUUGUUGACAAGUACAAGUACCGAAUGCUAUUCUUGAAAUACCAUAAAUCACUUUACAAAGGGAAGGCUCCGAAAUUUCAGACAGAAUCCCAACUAAACAAAAGGGAAGCAGCCCUGGCUUUUAAAAGGUGGAUAGGCUUGAAUUGAGCAAAAUAUCAUCCAAACCAAGUAUUAGCUCUUGCAAGUUUCAAAGAUCAUCUUCAUGACAUAAGGCUGUUGAAUUUUCGUUAUCUCUCCUUUUCUCAUAUUUACAGAGUUAACACCAAUGUACUACCAAUGUGAAUAAACCAACACAAUAUUUUAUGUAAAAUAUUCAAUCAAGUUAUAGAUCUUCAGUUGCAUCAUUUUUAGGCAACAAUAGAAGAUUGUAUGACACAUACACCACUUGCAUUCAUGCAUGCAUGGUUGUUGAUCCAUAGGAACAUAGUCCUACCCAAACUCUCUUCCACAAUAUUUGUUGAUGUAUUUUUGUCAAUCAUGAGAACAUUGUUGUUUGUGAAUUCUGAGACACCAGGGUAGUGACAGAAGCAAAGAAAUGGAAAGGAUUUGCGUGAAUGUAGUACAUGCAGGGCUCAGCAAUGCAAUACAGCAUUAACUGGUUAAUAACAUUAACAGUAGCAGGGUUGGAAAAACAAGAGGUUUUGUUUUGCUUUAGCCUCCACGGGUAUGCAUCAAGAAAUGGGCCAUGAAAAAGUAGUUACUGAACAGUAAUCUUACGCCAACAAUGAUCACUUGCUGAUACAUUCCACUCAAUGCAACUGACAAUUUGUACAACAAUAUUGUAGAAAGAUUAAUGUUGUUUUAACAUCAAUUUUCUACAAUUUAUUUUGUUUCCCCCAUUUAUUCCA